UGGAUGCGUCUUUUUUAGAUGCUUAAUUAAUGUUCUUUUAUUAUUUUUCUCAUUACCCUGUACCUUUCCAUUUACCUGUUUGAUAUCCAUGUUGAAACGCACAUCCCUGUUUUCUGGCCAUGUAAUCAACAACUUUGAUUAUCAAUAAAAUGAUGCAGCUAACAACAAUUUAGUCUGCAUUUGAAGAUGGACAACAAAUAGUGGAUCAUAACAAGAUGUUUACUAAAUCUCUUCUGCACUGCCGGUGUCUUCAGCAGUGAUGAUUUUUGUCCAAUUGUCUGUGUGAUGAAAGAUCCACCUUAAAGAAUAAGAAAAGAUGAAUGAUUUUAAUGAUAGUGGUAUCUAUCAGUUCUUUUCCAAAACAACAACAACAGUCAAGCCUCGCAAGCUAGAUAAGUCAAAAGACAUUGAGCUAGAUGAUACAGCACCACUUCCUUUGCUGAUAGGCAUUGGGCUUGCAUUAUUCCUAGGUUUUGUUGUUCUUGUACUGAUUUGUUGCCUCUGUCGUCGCAAACGUCCUCCUCCUACAGAUGGCCAGCAGCAUAUCAACACGGCCACCUACCAGCGGGCUCCUAUGUCAGACGCCAUGAUGGGUGGCGGCAUGGCUUAUCAGAUGACCGCAGUUCCCCCCACAGGUUUUCACAAUGCCAUGCAGUACAACCCUCACAUGGGACAUCCCACACAACAUAACUAUGGUGUUCUUGGUCCUGGUAUGAAUUUUCCGUCUGCUCCAGCUAGCCAGUACUCGCAACAGCCUCCUCACUUUGGCGGUGUACCCACUUUCCCACCAAACCAGUAUAUACCUUCCGUACCUCUCCCCCCUCCUUCCCUAUCACAGCAGUCGCAUUCCCAGUCACACUCAAGCCAGGCGUCUUCCUCCGUCUCCGGAGCAACAGCUGAUCCUCUGGUGCCCAUGACCUCUUCCCCAUCUGUAUUGGCUCACCAGCACCACAUGCAGCUACAGCAGCAGUAUUACCCGCCGAUGUACCAUCAGAACAUGACUGCCCAGUCUGCACUGCAGCACCAUCAACACAUGCAGAGGAUAGCUGGCAGAGAGUCACCUGCUUUUCAGUAUUCCCCAAUGACAUACUCAGCCAUUUUGGCCAACGAGCAUAACGCUAGCCAACCUCCACCUCCAGUCACCAGCGCAGCUGGAACAAAUUCAGUUAUGACAACUUCCAUCACCUCAUCCACGCCUGAUGGCCAGUUGUCCAAUCAUCAGUCUGAAGAUCAGACUACACAGUCAAAUAGCUGUACAGAGGAAGAAUAGCAUUUGUUUCUGGAUUCAUUGCUAGUCUUUAUUUUACUAGUCUUUUUUUAAUCAGUAAACUGCACAAAUUUGUACGUUUAUUAUCAUGUGAAGUAUGUACACUAAUUUAAGCAAAUUUUUUUUUAAAUCAGUAUUUUUUUUUUAAUUAGAGAUAUUUGUGUUAAAUAAAAAAUCAUUUUAUUUCUAUACUUUACUGAAUAAUAAGUGGUACAUUUUAAUGUUGAAUUAGUAAUUUUAAGAUUUUUAAAAUAUAUUUUCUCUGUUCAUCUAAUUUACAACUGAGAUAGUAAUAUACAGCUCUAACAUUAUAACUUGUGUUCUAUUUGAGAUGUUAGAAAACAAUGUUGUUCUUUUCUUAAAGAUGUCAGCGUUUAGAAUAUUUCAUUUCCAAGUAAGAUAGGAAAUAGAUGCUAUAGUAGAACUAAAAGUCAAGUUAUGAAAUGACACAAGGUGUAUGUAAUACAAAAUGAAAUAGUGUACGGUAAAAAGCAAUUUUUAGUAUUAACAAAAUAUUUCUUUUAAUUUUAAUGAUUUCCUUAAGCUAAAAUUUCUCAUAAACAUAAGUGUUUCAUUUAUAAAGUGGUACACUUUCAAUCAUUAAUAGUGGUAAUCAGAUUCGGAAGAAAGUUUACUAGAUUCAAUAAAGUAAUACAUCUUGUAACAAAAUGUAUUUGAUUCUAUUUGGCAGAAUACUUGUUAUUAUUAUUUUUGUCAUUGUUGCCUUGUAGUGAAAGGUUUUUCCUAAAUUAUUUAGUAGCGCAUUUUUUUGGUCAUUUUUUUUGUAAAUGAUAUAUAUAUAUAUAUAUAUAUAUAU